AUGGACACACCCGAAGCAGCGGCUGGUGGUCUUCCAGCAUACCCAUCACAGCUCCGGCAGUAUUGGCAGACGCAAAGCACGAAGGCACCCCUAGCGAGUGCCCGUCCCUGCCACGCGCCGCGACGCAAAGGCCGCGUCAAGGAGGCAGAGCGUAUAAGUCUCAGGGAUCUGUUGAAAACGACACCGUUCCUCAGUCACAAGGAAAUUGCAGUUAGGACCGUAUCGCGUAUGAUCAAAUACGAAGAAUCAAGCGUCCACAUCGAUUACAAUGUAUGCACUUCCGAUCCAACCUUGCGCUGCUCGAGCGCCAGCCCUGCCACAGGAGCGGCUUUCAUACGUUGGGACACCGCACCGACUCGGGUGAUGGUGCCAAUCGAAAACCAAACUGGUGCGAGACGAGGAUCAGCCGCACGGUGCGAGGGAGAUAGAUCCAUCGAUCACGCAGCCAAACGACGAAAGCGCGCGUUGCACAAUCCUUCGAUUGGCGACUGGCAGGACGUGGGUCGGGCGUUACGCGCCAUACAGGAAUUUGCUGGUCAGGAGAAGAAUGUUUCAGUGGAAUUCGGCAUGGCACUGGGUCGUUUGGAGGCCUAUUCUGACCAUCGAGCCAGCCAAACCGCCCUCCUGGCGGUAGACUUCACAAGACAUUGGCUAGUAGAGUGA